GUUGAUAAUUCUAUCUGGCGUCGCCUCUCAGUGCGCAGGCGCAGCCCGGGUGACGAAGAUGGUGCUCAUCAAGGAAUACCGUGUAGUGUUGCCAGUCUCUGUGGAAGAGUAUCAAGUAGGGCAGCUGUACUCUGUGGCUGAGGCCAGCAAGAAUGAGACAGGAGGAGGAGAAGGCAUCGAGGUGCUCAAGAACGAACCUUACGAGAAGGAUGGGGAGAAGGGACAAUACACACAUAAAAUAUACCAUCUAAAGAGUAAAGUCCCAGGUUAUGUGAAGAUGAUUGCACCAGAGGGAGCAUUAGUUUUUCACGAAAAGGCUUGGAACGCCUACCCAUACUGUCGCACUAUUGUGACGAACGAGUACAUGAAGGACGACUUUAUGAUUAAGAUCGAGACGUGGCACAAACCUGACAUGGGAACAGUAGAAAAUGUCCAUGACCUGGACGAGCAGACGUGGAGGACUGUGGAGGUGGCUCCCAUAGAUAUUGCAAACAAAGAAGAAGUGGCCACUGGGGACUAUAAGCCAGAAGAAGAUCCUGCUCUUUUCCACUCCGCCAAGACAGGCAGAGGACCUCUAGGCCCCGAAUGGAAGAACGAGCUGAAGUCAGAUUGUCCUUACAUGUGUGCAUACAAACUGGUCACUGUCAAGUUCAGAUGGUGGGGUCUGCAGACCAAAGUGGAAAAUUUCAUCCACAGGCAAGAAAAGCGUAUUUUCACCAACUUCCACCGCCAGCUGUUCUGCUGGAUCGACAGAUGGGUGGGUUUGACCAUGGAGGACAUCAGGCGGAUGGAAGAAGAGACCCAAAAAGAGCUUGAGGAGAUGCGUCAGAAGGGAGAUGUGCGAGGGACCUCUGCGACAGACGAGUAGAGGCCCGUCGCUGUAGGUCAAACACUAGAGGCAGGCUGACUGCGUAGUAAAGGUCCGAUUCGAGGCACCAGUGCUGCUCAUGAGCAAUGAGGCAAAUCAACCAAACCCUGUCAUGAUGAUGUCAUCAGAGACACGUCCACCACGAUGAGGAAGUGGCCCCCGACGUCGCCUCUUCUCUUCCCGUCUCACAUGAUUCAUUGGGGGGUUUGACAAGAUUGGUUAACAGUACUGUACAGAUCCUACCCCCAAUCACAAGCCUCCUGUUCACUCAGAAAACAAACAAAAAAAAAACAUGGUUUUGCAUACAUAUAAAAAGGAAAAAAAAAACUCUUUGCACAGAACGUAACUUGCCUGAUAUGUAAUUGUAGUUGAUUAUUACAAUGGGCUUUGUUUUUAUUCAGGUGUGUAAACCGUGACUCAGAAAGUCAAGCCUUUUAAAUUAAUUAGAAUGUUUUUAGUAUACAGGUUCCCACAAAAAUUGGUAUAAGAUGACUUUUAGCAGGUAUUGGACCAUUUAUCUCCCUACCUUCCCUUGUAUUAUAACUGUCUGUCUCUACUUUAAUCCUUGUCUCUCCCCUCAGUAUUGUCUAUAUUAUUGUCCUGAUAUAAAAGAAAAAAGAGGAAAAAAAAGAUGUCUGGAUCUCCUCCCCGUUGUCUCACUGUCCCCUCUGUCUGGCAGUUGUUUGGGAAUACUGAUGUUUUUAUUUUUAUUUCUUUUACCGUUUUAGUUUGGAGGCUCAUCCACGCCUGUUUAUGGUUCAAAGCAAAAAAUUCUAAUGCUCCUGCAUGAUGGAUAAUUCCCCCCCACACACACGCACACACACACACACACACACACACACACGCACACACACAUCCACACAGUGUCCCACAUUUCAACAUGCCUCCGUCACAAGUGCAUGUGGACAACAGCAACUCCUCACCAAACUGUCAAUGCAUGUGUAUAGUCGCUGCAAUGCAGCUUCGCUCAAGUGGAUUUGUUUGUGUUGAUGAUUUUUUUUUAGCGCAAGGGCUUUGGCGCCCUCCGGGAGAGUCUGUACAGAUACACGUGUGUGUUAGUGUGUGCAUCUGUGUGCUUGUUUGUGUUAUCAACUGCCUUCGCUCUUAAAGGACUGUCACUCUUGGGACUGAGAUGGAUAACGUCUGGGUGGUGUGGGUGCACUCCCUCAUGCUGUCGCUGCAUGUCCUUUCUUCUCUCGGCUAGGGCUUUAACCUGGAUGGACCCCCCCACACACACACACACACACACACACAGCCUCCACAGAACCUUUUUAUUUUUAUUUUUUAAAAACAAAUGAGGAUGAGAGUCUGUGCGUCACUGCGUGCAUGAAUCAAGGUAGUUUUUUUAUAUAUACAUAUAUAUAUCUCAAACUACCGCUUCCUCUCUCAACUGACAGAGCAAAAAGGGUCCAGGCAGAUGUUUGUUGCAGUUGUGGAUUGACAAGCAGUCUGGGUGUAUAGUUUUUAUUUUUUAUUUUCACCAUGUAUAGUGAUUUUUUUCUUUUUUCCUUUUUAAAGCUUUUCAUCUACCUGAACUACAAGAAGGUUUAAGCUUCAGUUUCUUGACUCUUAAGGAUGAAGUCAGUUUUAAAUCGGUGUUGGGUGAAUCUAGUCGGAGCCUUGAUCCUCAAAGCAUCUUCAUCCUGCUCUCUUUCCUGCAUCACUACCUUUUAUUUCUUUUAGGCUGCGUUGACUCGAGGUUGUAAGAGCUCACUUUAGCCGUCUUUAUUUUGAGCGUAAUGCAGAUCCCGUCGGGCUCUAUAGGUGAAAUGUUCUGUGACGUUUUAUAUGAUCAUGACGUAGCUUAGUGCAGUUAAUUCAGCUGUGAUUAAGACUUUUGUUUAUCGGAUCAGGUAUGAGUGUGUAGGUUUUGUGGUAACCUAUCUGCGCGUGGUUAAUGUUGGACAGGUUUUAAAGGAGAGUUAUAAGUGUACUUUAUAAUAGGCCCAUUAUAGAAAAUGGACAUACUGUACAUACAAACACUGACUUGAAUGGAAUAUUCACAGCUACUAAGCAUUGUCAGGUCUAUCAUUCAAUACUGUACUGCUAGAAGUAACUUAAAGUUAAGUUAUAAUGUUGUCAGAGCAGGUGAUGUCCGCUCUGUGGACAGUGUGCUGUGUGCGUACCGUGGAGCAGUUAACUGUACCUCAUCCAUGCUUAUGAAUGUACAGCCAGGAGACAGAUGUGUCAAACUAUGCAGGACGUUCCUGAGCUGCAGGAACGCUGACAGUGUUUCACACCUGUACAAGCAUGACAUGGAGCCAUGAUAUCAUCGAUACACGAGGGGAGAUUUUACAAAAAAACAAACAAAAAACAACUCUAGAUUUGGAUCUGCAUGCUCAACACAGUUUAUUUUUUAUUAUUCUUUACAUUUUUCCUUUCUUUUGUCUCGAUUUAUCCUCCGUUUGAUCAGGACAUCGUCGCUUUUGAGAAGCUCUUGAACUGCAUCAGACAAGAAGGGAAAUCCUUUUAAAAACAAACAAACAAAAAAAGGGGGGGCGGCGGGUGGCUUCUCCUCAAAAUCAAACCUGGAUUCAGCUCGACCUCAGAUUACCGAUGAGGAGUGAAAAGCCUGACUGAGUUUGAGGAUGACGAGGAGUCGCCCUGUAGACUAGAAAUAGGCUGUGUGAUGUUCAGUUUUGUAGCAUUACCAGUGAUGCCAGCCAGGGUAUGACUGUGAGGGGGGGGGGAUAGAAAGCUUAGGGAACAGAUGGAGUCCAAAAUACUGUUUUUCUUUAUUGUAAUCAUGAAUAAGCACUUGCAAAAUCUACUGUUUUCUUUUUUUUUUUUUAUGUUUUUCUUUUUCUUUUUGUUUUUGAAAGACAAAGAUUCACAGUGUAUUCAAUUUUCUCUUUUCUGAUAAGGCAAAAUUCAGGGGAAAUUAGUAGUGAAUGUAAUACAAUUAGUUCCUUUUUUUUGUUUUUUUCACGGCUUUCAGGCUGUGACAGAAGGUCUAGACAAUGGAACAUAACAGAAUAUCUAAUAAAUUUGAACAAAUAAGAGAAUCAA